AUGUCGACUACGGCUGUAGAGGCUCGUAAAUCAUCGAGCGGGAAUGUUUCUAAAAAGCCCAAGUCAGUAGCGAAUAAGGCCAAGACUGCUGCUAGCACAAAGAGGGGCACAAAACCCGCGUCACAAGCCAAUACAAAAAAGAACAAUGCCGUGAAGGAAGAGCCAGAUAAAACGCGUCCGGCCAAGAAACGUAAAGUGUUGAAAGCUGAUCCAGCCGUCGACAAUGCAACAGAAGUAAAACAAGAGGAAUUGGUCGUCGAUGGCGGCCUCAAAGCCGAUGACGAGGAUAUUCACCGUUGGUGGGAAGAGGAUCCGAAUGACCACUCCGUCAAAUGGGAGACUUUGGAACACAAUGGCGUCAUUUUCCCCCCUCCAUACGAAAAGCUACCCGACGAUGUCAAGCUCAAGUAUGACGGUAAAAAGGUGGACUUGCCAGUCGAGGCCGAAGAGGUUGCGGGUUUUUAUGGUGCCAUGAUAAAUACGGAUCACGCAAAGAAUCCGGUGUUCCAGGCGAAUUUUUUUGGCGAUUUCAAGGAGGUGCUGAGCACUUCUGGACGAGCACUAAUUUCGGGGACGUCAAAGUUCAUUGAAAUCGAGAGUUUCGACAAGUGUGACUUUUCCGAUAUCUUUGCCUAUUAUGAAGAUCAGCGCAACGCGAAAAAGGCGCUGCCUCCUGCUGUCAAGAAACGACUAAAGCAAGAAAAAGACGAGGCCGAGGAAAAGUACAAAACAUGCUAUCUGGACGGCCGGAAGCAACCGGUGGGAAAUUUCCGGGUCGAGCCCCCAGGCCUUUUCCGUGGACGCGGACAGCACCCCAAGACAGGGAAACUCAAAGCUCGUGUUCAACCCGAACAAGUUACUCUGAAUAUCGGAAAAGAUGUAAAGAUCCCUGAGCCUCCUGCUGGUCACAAUUGGAGCGAGGUCCGCCAUGACAAUACCGUUUCUUGGCUUGCUAUGUGGAAAGAGAACAUCAAUGGCAACACUAAAUACGUCUUCUUAUCUCAAAGCUCCUCUUUGAAAGGAAUGUCUGAUUUUAAAAAGUUUGAAAAAGCUCGUGAACUCAAAAAUCAUGUCGAACGGAUUCGAAAUGAUUACCGCAAAGAAUUGACCGAUGAGAAAAUGCAAGUGCGGCAACGUGCCACAGCCAUGUAUCUAAUUGACAGACUUGCAUUGCGUGCGGGUGGAGAAAAGGGAGACGACGAGGCUGACACCGUAGGCUGUUGUUCAUUGCGUUAUGAACAUGUUGACCUUCAACCACCCAACUUGGUUACAUUUGAUUUCCUUGGUAAGGAUUCGAUUCGCUAUUUCCAGCAGGUCGAAGUCGAUGAACAAGUUUUCACCAAUCUUCAGAUCUUCAAGAAGGAACCUAAAGGCCCAGGUGACGAUAUUUUCGACCGGUUGGAUCCAAGCAUUUUGAACAAACACUUGCAGAGCUACAUGCCUGGGUUGACGGCAAAGGUUUUCCGUACAUAUAACGCCUCGCACACAAUGCAAAAGCAGCUUGAUCAAAUCCCCAACGUCGGCACCGUUGCCGAAAAGGUCGUUGCUUUUAACGCUGCUAACCGGGAGGUUGCUAUUUUGUGUAACCAUCAACGCACAGUCGCCAAGAGCCACGAGCAAAGUGUAGCCAAAAUCGAGGAGCGCGUUGAAGAGCUGGUAUGGAAAAAAUAUCGUCUGAAAAAGAUGAUUUUGCAGCUUGAUCCUGAGAAACCCAAAGUUCUUGGAAAGAGCUACUUUGCAGACACUAAGGCUUUCAACAAGACCAAGCUGAAGGCCAUUCAUAAACGAGUCGUGGAACGCGAACAAGAAAAAGUUGAAAAGAAGUUUGCCAGAGAUAACGAAAAAAUUAAAGCUGAUAGGGAAGCUGGCGAAGAUGUGAAGCUAUUGACUAAAGACGACCUUAAAGAGCGACUCAAGGUAGUUACGAACCUCAAAGAAGAGCUGCAAAAGGAGCUGGAUACGGGUGAGUUUGAAAUCAAAUCUUCUCAAACUUGCGAAAAGCUGGAAGCCCAGGUGGCUAAAUUAGACGACCGAAUUCUGUCUACACGUCUUAGUUUGAAGGACAAACAGGACAAUUCGACGGUUGCCCUGAGCACAUCCAAGAUCAAUUAUAUUGACCCUCGUCUUUCGGUCAUGUUCUCGAAAAAGUUCGAGGUCCCUCUUGAAAAGCUAUUUACAAAGACACUGCGAGAAAAGUUUGCAUGGGCAAUUCACUCGGCCGAUAAAGAUUGGCAAUUUUAA